AUGACGAACCCGGCAAGGGAUGCAAAGGCUUUGUCACUAUCCGACGAAGACAUGGCGGGCACACUAUACGACUUUUGCUACACAUCAGAGCCACUAUUGAUGCAGUGCCAUCGACUUCUUUCGACUCAACAGCAGCAGCAACAACAGGAGUCAUGUAAUGAACCCAAUCACGAGAUGUCGCAGUUUAACAGCCUCCCGACCAUUGGGUGUCCAUCUUCUAAUGACCCAUAUCAUACGAAACCCAUGCUUUGUCAACGUGACGAGGAAGUGUCGAUGCUAGUGAACAUGAAUGCACCUUCGACGUCCAGUAAUGACUGGCAUCGAAGGCAUCAGUGUGCGAUACAGGAGCAGCUUGAGCAGCAACGGGACUUACGGAUGCAGAUCAACCAGCAGCAUCAGCUAGAGAAACAGAUGCAACAGCAGCAUAUGGAGGUGCAACGUUGGCAGCAGGAAAAGGUACAACGACAGCAGGUGCAAGCCCAGAGGUUUGUGGAGAGGAUACUACCACCACGCUACUCGAGUAGCGCGGGUAGAUUAGAUCAAACAGGGUGGACAAAUGACGUGUACACUUUACACACACCUACACCAAGUUUUGGUAGUGGUGGAGAUUUGAAUGCUGUGAUACAGCAGCCUGGACAGCUUUACAAUGCUCGAAGUGGAUGUAGUGAGCAACUGCUAGUCCGAACAACGACAGCGCCAGUUUCGACACACUCGUACAUGUCAGAUUAUAACGAACGUUCACGGUCAGGAGUGCCGAUGGACAAUGAUGGAGUGUUUGCUUUACACCAGGAUCCGCAAAUAGUUCAGGCGCAUUUGCAAGCUCAAAAUCCAUAUAACUUUGCAGUUUAUCGGCAGGAAAGACACGAUGUAAGGUUGCUAGCUGAAACUCAAGCGGAGAGGACAAAGGUGCCCCGAAUGCAAACACUACAACGAUACACUCAACAAGAGCUUCUUCAACCACAGCCGUAUUACCCCGCUGAAAUAAACCAACGCAGUCGCCAAGAAAAAGCAAGCGGACCUAGUUUCGAUGACGCUUUCUUGGACCAGAUUAUGGAGGGGUUUUUUACAAGCGCAGCGCCUGCAGUUAGCAACCAUACCACUGUUAACGUUUCCGCUGGUAUUAACGUUUAUCUCGGGAAAGCUCGGAAAAAGCAGGCCGUGUUUAACGCGAACCCCUCUCAAUUUCGGAUUUGGACUGGAGAAGAGGUGCAGAUAGAGGGACAAAUGAAUGUAUACCCAAGACUGCCAAUUCCACCUUCUGGAGCUACGGUAGUCCCGGGUGUAUCGCUGGCACGACAAGCAGUGCGACUGGUGACUAUGCGAGAUAUUCUUAAUUAUGAGGACGGAUCUAGCAACGUAGACUUGUCGACAAGUCGACCCUAUGACAAACAGAAGCGAAUACCUCCUAGGCGUAAGAUGCUAAGGAACAAGGCUUCAGCCAACCGGCAAAAGAUGUCCCACCAACAAAGUGUACGAAAUUAUCAGCAGCUACGUAGAAAACAGCCUGCUGGGACCCUCCUACUGGGCCAGAGUGCGAGUGACGUGACAGCCUCAGCAUUUAUAUCAACCGCGAGACCGAGCACACCCAUGCAUCUAGCUUUCUUGGAGUCCCGAGCUGCUCGUGCAUCAGAACAGACCGCUUGUAUCACGAACACAAGACCGUCAAAAAAAAAUUCAGAAAGUUCAACUCCACCCUCGCAAUUACUGCUGCCCGCUCCUGUCGUUCAGUUAUCUACAGAAUUUGCAAACCCGAACAUUGCUGCGUAUGAAGAGCCGAAUCCAGGCAGCAGUAAGAUGGCGGUCGCAAGUACUGACAUGUGCAAUAGCUCUACAACGUACCAGUUGAUUCAGAAGCAUACCAGAACACCGCCUCAGGAUACAGCAGUGCUAGAGCAGGCCGUGCAGCCGGCAUACUUUUUGCAUUCAAGUACCCCGGAAGUCAAACGAAAGACAAAUGAACCGAAUGCGAUGGGGCAGACUAAUGUGGGCAGAGUUUGUGACAGCCCGAUAGAUAAAGCAUUUGGACAGCAUCGGCGGCAGCAAUCAUCUCUCAAUGUGUCGGUCUCUUUAAAAGCGGUCAACAACGUUCAAUCUCCGAUCAAGCUUGAUGUGGUCGACAAUGGGAAGGAUGCCCAAAUACCAAGGAAGAUAAACAGAGCUAAAAGGCCUUUUGCAAGGGUGAUUCCACUUACUACAGGUGGCCAGAAACAGCAAAUACACGGGACUUCACCUUCGGCUGACAUCGUUAUCACGAGAAAGGGAUCGAUGGCAGCGACUGCGGUUGCUCCGGCUACCGACACACACACACCUCUUGUAUUUGAGUUAGCCCGUAUGGAGAAUAGAACGGUGGUAAUAUUUUGUAAGCGGGACUUUAUGCGCUACCAGGCAGUGAAGAUAUGGCGCAAAUACCAAGAACAGCUUAAGAAACACGAAGAGUGGCGCGAAGUCCGCGUUGCUGGCAAGCGCACUCGAUAUCUCAAUUCUCGCUACGAUGGUGAAACUCGUAGGGCAAAAAGAAAAGCUUACGCGGUCGGAAAGGCUACGAAGAAAACCAUCUUAGGAGGAAGGGAGAAUCCGCAGUUAUAA